AUGACUUUAGUUAUUCAAGAAAAGGGUUCCUUUCAACACAUUUUGCGUUUAUUGAAUACCAACGUUGACGGUAACAUCAAGAUUGUCUACGCUUUGACCACUAUCAGAGGUGUCGGUCGUCGUUAUGCCAACUUGGUCUGCAAAAAGGCUGAUGUUAGUUUGAACAAGAGAGCUGGUGAAUUGACUCAAGAAGAAUUGGAAAGAAUUGUUCAAAUCAUGCAAAACCCAACUCAAUAUAAAGUCCCAGCUUGGUUUUUGAAUCGUCAAAAAGAUAUCAACGACGGUAAGGAUUACCACAACUUGGCCAACGGUUUAGAAUCCAAAUUGAGAGAUGACUUGGAAAGAUUAAAGAAAAUCAGAGCCCACAGAGGUAUUAGACAUUACUGGGGUUUGCGUGUCAGAGGUCAACACACCAAGACCACUGGUAGAAAGAAGGCUUAA